AUGGCUACCCUCACAGACACCUACAUGGACCAUGUAGCCAAUGUCCUGGAUAUGCUCGGCCAGGACAGAGCCCUCGACUCAAUACCUUCCCCAUUCCUCUUCUCUCCCUCUUCCUCUUCAGCCUCACCCGCAACACCAUCCCCCGGAUCCUCCUCCCCCCUCAUCCAAAAGAUCGAUGUCGCACUUCAGCGGGUCGUCCAAAAGAUUUUCCUAAUGGAGCACGAACUGACUCGCCACCGUAGAGACUGUUCCUCCGCCAACGGAGCCCUCUACUACGACCGGCUCAACAGUACCCUCGACUCUACAAAUCUACCCAUCGUUCCGCCGAUCCUCACUCCCCCUGUCGACCCUCUUUCGCCAUCAUUCUCUGCCUUGACUCAGUGGACCGAAGGCAUCACAGCCACAGUCUGGGGAUUCCACGACCCUACAGCGGCCUAUCCCACCCUGCAUUCUUGUCUGUCCCAGGAGAGGUUGUCUCUGUCCGCCUCUCAGUCCUCCCCCGACAGCCGCAAGCGCGACCGCAUCAGUCUUGCAAGGGCCAGCGAAUUGCAUGCUUCUCACACCCCUACUGCCUCCUCCUCCUCUUCGUCCUCCACGAAUGAACUCGCUUCCAGCUCCGACCUUUCUACCGCCGCCAUCACAUCCUCAGCCAUAUCAGCAACAUCUUCAACAGCAAAGCAAUCGACGGCAACAGAACCCCCAUCAAUUGCUGUCGAAGCGCCCUUGGAUUGCAGUGACAUAUUGGCGGACCCUGCGACUUCAAUGCCCUCUUCCCCAGACUCCUUUCGCUCUGCUCGCUCAUCAUUCAAUCCAGACGACUCUGACGUGAUACCAACAACAGCACUCCCUCCAAUCAAUCAUCAUGCCGCUGCACUGACUGUUCCUGGUUUCUCAAUGUCGAGCGAGAGCCCUUGCGCCGCAUGCGUCCACAAAUGUGCACUGGUCGCUGCUGCUGUGGUUAGGGGUGAGUUGGGCGUACGGAUAAACUGCGCACGAGAGGCAUGCAACCGUACUGCUCUUACCACAUCCAUCAACGCGAUGGUGGCCAAGCUGUCAGAUUUCACAGAGGAAGUCAUCCAAGUCGCAGCCCAGGGAGUCGAGGGCAAGCUGGGCGUCCAGGCAAAGACGGCAGGUGAGCACGGCAAGUGGCAAGAGUUUGUCAGUCAUCUGAACACCAUGACACUCGGCCACAUGGAGCAGGUCCGUGAUAUCGCAUCCGUCUGCACAGCCGUCGCUCAUGGCGACCUAUCCAAGAUGAUUUCUGUCGAGGUCAAGGGAGAAACGCUCGUUCUGAAGAACACGAUCAACACCAUGGUCGGUCAAUUGCGAUCAUUCUCAUCCGAGGUCACACGUGUCGCCCACGAAGUCGGAACAGAGGGAAAGCUGGGUGGUCAGGCCCACGUCAAGGGAGUCGCUGGAACCUGGAAAGAGCUCACGGACAACGUCAACAUCAUGGCCGCGAACUUGACAGUGCAGGUGCGAGAUAUUGCCAGUGUCAGCAAAGCUGUCGCUAAGGGCGACCUCUCCAAGAAGAUCUCAGUCGAAGCUAGUGGCGAGAUGAUGGACCUCAAGAAUACUAUCAACACCAUGGUCGACCAGCUGCAGGAAUUCGCCACGGAGGUAUCUCGUGUCAGUCUCGAAGUUGGUACAGAAGGCAAACUUGGUGGUCAAGCACAUGUUAAAGAUGUAAGCGGGACCUGGAAGGAGCUCACGGACAAUGUGAACCUGAUGGCCUCCAAUCUCACGGGCCAGGUGCGUGAUAUUGCAACAGUCUGUAAAGCAGUCGCUUGUGGUGACCUGACAAAGAAGGUCAGCGUACCUGUCCAAGGAGAGAUUCUGGAACUGAAGGAGACCAUGAACACAAUGGUGGACCAGCUGAGGACCUUUGCCGCUGAGGUCACUCGAGUCGCUCGCGAGGUCGGAACCGAAGGAAAGCUCGGUGGACAGGCUGAGGUCGAGGGCGUUGACGGUACGUGGAAGGAGCUGACUGACAAUGUCAACACCAUGGCUGAGAACUUGACAGCCCAAGUGCGCGAUAUCGCCAACGUCAGUAAGGCCGUCGCUCGAGGCGAUCUGUCCAAGAAGAUUUCUGUCGAGGUCAAAGGAGAGAUGAUGGACCUGAAGCACACUAUCAACAUCAUGGUUGACCAGCUCCAGGAGUUCGCCACUGAAGUAUCUCGCGUGAGUCUGGAGGUCGGCACAGAAGGAAAACUGGGCGGCCAAGCAGUCGUCAAGGACGUCAGCGGUACCUGGAAGGAACUCACGGAUAACGUCAAUACCAUGGCAUCUAACCUUACGACCCAAGUCCGAUCCAUCGCAGAAGUCACGACAGCUGUCGCAUGUGGAGAUCUCAGCAAGAAGAUUGACGUACAAGCCCAAGGUGAAAUCUCAGAACUCAAGCUCACAGUCAAUUCAAUGGUCGAACAGCUGAGGACAUUUGCAGCCGAGGUCACUCGAGUCGCCCGCGAGGUCGGAACCGAGGGCAAACUUGGGGGCCAAGCACAUGUGAAGGGCGUCGAUGGCACGUGGAAGGAGCUGACUGACAAUGUCAACACCAUGGCUGAGAACUUGACAGCUCAAGUGCGUGACAUUGCAAGUGUUAGUAAGGCCGUCGCUCGAGGUGACCUGUCCAAGAAGAUUUCCGUCGAGGUCAAAGGAGAAAUGAGUGAUCUGAAGCACACUAUCAACACCAUGGUCGACCAGCUCCAGCAGUUCGCCACCGAGGUAUCUCGAGUGAGUCUGGAGGUCGGCACUGAGGGUAAACUUGGUGGUCAAGCAGUCGUCAAGGAUGUCAGUGGUACUUGGAAGGAGCUCACGGAUAACGUCAACACUAUGGCCAGCAACUUGACAACCCAGGUACGAUCAAUCGCCGAGGUCACCACUGCCGUUGCGUGCGGCGAUCUGUCCAAGAAGAUCGAUGUCGAGGCACAGGGUGAGAUCUCAGAGUUGAAGUUGACGGUUAACUCCAUGGUGGAGAGACUUCGCACUUUUGCCGCAGAGGUCACACGUGUAGCACGCGAGGUCGGCACGGAAGGAAGGCUAGGAGGCCAGGCCGAGGUUAGAGGCGUCGAUGGCACGUGGAAGGAACUCACGGACAACGUUAAUACCAUGGCUGAGAACUUGACAGCUCAAGUACGUGACAUCGCCAACGUCAGUAAGGCCGUCGCUCGCGGUGACCUGUCCAAGAAGAUUUCUGUCGAGGUCAAGGGAGAAAUGAGUGAUCUGAAGCAUACCAUCAAUACCAUGGUCGACCAGCUCCAGCAGUUCGCCACCGAGGUAUCUCGAGUGAGUCUAGAGGUUGGCACAGAAGGCAAGCUUGGCGGCCAAGCAGUCGUCAAGGAUGUCAGUGGUACUUGGAAGGAGCUCACGGACAACGUCAACACCAUGGCCAGCAACUUGACAACCCAGGUACGAUCCAUUGCCGAGGUGACGACAGCCGUCGCUUGUGGUGACUUGAGCAAGAAGAUCGAUGUCGAGGCACAGGGUGAGAUCUCCGAGCUGAAGCUGACUGUCAAUUCGAUGGUGGAGCAGCUCAGAACAUUCGCAGCUGAGGUUACUCGAGUCGCCCGUGAGGUCGGAACUGAAGGAAAGCUCGGUGGACAAGCGCAAGUGAAGGGCGUGGACGGCACGUGGAAGGAGCUGACUGACAACGUCAACACCAUGGCCAGUAACUUGACAACCCAGGUGCGAUCGAUCGCAGAGGUCACCACUGCUGUUGCGUGCGGCGAUCUCAGCAAGAAGAUCGAUGUCGAGGCACAGGGCGAGAUCUCCGAGCUGAAGCUGACGGUCAACUCGAUGGUGGAGCAGCUGAGAACGUUCGCAGCUGAGGUCACUCGAGUCGCUCGUGAGGUCGGAACCGAAGGCAAACUUGGUGGACAAGCGCUGGUCAAGGAUGUUAGCGGCACCUGGAAAGAAUUGACGGACAAUGUCAACACCAUGGCUUCAAACUUGACGACCCAAGUCAGAGAUAUUGCCGAUGUCAGCAAAGCAGUCGCCAAGGGUGACUUGACCAAGAAGAUCACCGUGAACGUCAAGGGAGAGAUGAUGGACCUGAAACAUACUAUCAACACCAUGGUCGACCAGCUCCAGGAGUUUGCCACCGAGGUCAGUCGUGUCAGUUUGGAAGUCGGCACAGAAGGAAAACUGGGCGGUCAAGCUGUGGUGAAGGACGUCAGUGGUACCUGGAAGGAGCUUACAGACAACGUCAACACCAUGGCCAGUAACUUGACAACCCAGGUGCGAUCCAUUGCCGAGGUGACUACAGCCGUCGCUUGUGGUGACUUGAGCAAGAAGAUCGAUGUCGAAGCACAGGGUGAGAUCUCCGAGCUGAAGCUGACUGUCAACUCGAUGGUCGAACAGCUGAGGACAUUCGCAGCCGAGGUUACUCGUGUUGCUCGUGAGGUCGGAACUGAAGGAAAGCUCGGUGGACAAGCGCAGGUUAAGGGUGUUGAUGGAACGUGGAAGGAACUGACUGACAAUGUCAACACCAUGGCUGAGAACUUGACGGCGCAGGUACGUGAUAUCGCCAACGUCAGUAAAGCCGUCGCUCGCGGCGACCUGUCCAAGAAGAUUUCUGUCGAGGUCAAGGGAGAGAUGAUGGACCUGAAGCACACUAUCAACAUCAUGGUUGACCAGCUCCAGGAGUUCGCCACCGAGGUCACACGUGUCAGUUUGGAAGUCGGAACUGAGGGUAAACUUGGUGGUCAAGCAGUCGUCAAGGAUGUCAGUGGUACUUGGAAGGAGCUUACAGAUAAUGUGAACACCAUGGCAUCCAAUCUUACAACCCAAGUACGAUCCAUUGCCGAGGUUACUACUGCUGUUGCUUGUGGAGAUUUGAGCAAGACUAUUGAAGUAGAAGCACAAGGCGAGAUCUCUGAGCUAAAGCUGACUGUCAAUUCGAUGGUGGAGCAGCUGAGGACAUUCGCAGCCGAGGUUACUCGAGUGGCCCGUGAGGUCGGAACCGAAGGAAAGCUAGGUGGACAGGCUCAGGUGAAGGACGUUGGUGGUACGUGGAAGGAGCUGACGGAGAACGUCAACACCAUGGCGGCCAACUUGACCACUCAAGUGCGUGACAUUGCCGAUGUCAGCAAAGCUGUUGCCAGGGGUGAUUUGACCAAGAAGAUCACUGUCAACGUCAAAGGAGAAAUCCUGGACCUCAAGAACACCAUCAACUCUAUGGUGGAUCAACUUUCAACGUUCGCUGCUGAGGUCACCCGUGUGGCCCGCGAAGUCGGAACCGAGGGCAAAUUGGGAGGCCAGGCAGAGGUCGAGGAGGUCGAUGGCACGUGGAAGGAACUUACAGACAAUGUCAACACCAUGGCUGCCAAUCUUACUGCGCAGGUGCGUGAUAUUGCCGGUGUCAGCAAAGCCGUCGCUAAGGGAGAUCUGACCCAAAAGAUCUCUGUGGAUGCCAAGGGAGAGAUUCUCGACUUGAAGAACACCAUCAAUAUCAUGGUCGACCAGCUGUCCACUUUUUCUGCAGAGGUUACGCGUGUCGCUCGAGAGGUCGGCACAGAAGGAAAGCUAGGUGGCCAAGCAGAGGUCGAGGAUGUUGACGGAACCUGGAAGGAACUGACCGACAACGUCAAUACAAUGGCUGCUAAUCUCACGGCGCAGGUGCGAUCCAUCGCAGAGGUCACCACCGCUGUUGCAUGCGGAGAUCUUAGUAAGAAGAUUGAUGUACAAGCUCAAGGCGAAAUCUCUGAGCUGAAAUUGACGGUCAAUUCGAUGGUGGAGCAGCUAAGAACGUUCGCAGCUGAGGUCACUCGAGUCGCUCGUGAGGUCGGAACCGAAGGCAAACUUGGUGGACAAGCGCUGGUCAAGGAUGUUAGCGGCACCUGGAAAGAAUUGACGGACAAUGUCAACACCAUGGCUUCAAACUUGACGACCCAAGUCAGAGAUAUUGCCGAUGUCAGCAAAGCAGUCGCCAAGGGUGACUUGACCAAGAAGAUCACCGUGAACGUCAAGGGAGAGAUGAUGGACCUGAAACAUACUAUCAACACCAUGGUCGACCAGCUCCAGGAGUUUGCCACCGAGGUCAGUCGUGUCAGUUUGGAAGUCGGCACAGAAGGAAAACUGGGCGGUCAAGCUGUGGUGAAGGACGUCAGUGGUACCUGGAAGGAGCUUACAGACAACGUCAACACCAUGGCCAGUAACUUGACAACCCAGGUGCGAUCCAUUGCCGAGGUGACUACAGCCGUCGCUUGUGGUGACUUGAGCAAGAAGAUCGAUGUCGAAGCACAGGGUGAGAUCUCCGAGCUGAAGCUGACUGUCAACUCGAUGGUCGAACAGCUGAGGACAUUCGCAGCCGAGGUUACUCGUGUUGCUCGUGAGGUCGGAACUGAAGGAAAGCUCGGUGGACAAGCGCAGGUUAAGGGUGUUGAUGGAACGUGGAAGGAACUGACUGACAACGUCAACACCAUGGCUGAGAACUUGACGGCGCAGGUACGCGACAUCGCCAAUGUCAGUAAAGCCGUCGCUCGAGGCGAUCUGUCCAAGAAGAUUUCUGUCGAGGUCAAAGGAGAGAUGAUGGACCUGAAGCACACUAUCAACAUCAUGGUUGACCAGCUCCAGGAGUUCGCCACUGAAGUAUCUCGCGUGAGUCUGGAGGUCGGCACAGAAGGAAAACUGGGCGGCCAAGCAGUCGUCAAGGACGUCAGUGGUACCUGGAAGGAGCUUACAGACAACGUCAAUACUAUGGCGUCCAAUCUUACAGCACAAGUACGAUCUAUUGCCGAGGUCACGACGGCUGUCGCAUGUGGAGAUCUCAGCAAGAAGAUUGACGUACAAGCCCAAGGUGAAAUCUCAGAACUCAAGCUCACAGUCAAUUCAAUGGUCGAACAGCUGAGGACAUUUGCAGCCGAGGUCACUCGAGUCGCCCGCGAGGUCGGAACCGAGGGCAAACUUGGGGGCCAAGCACAUGUGAAGGGCGUCGAUGGCACGUGGAAGGAGCUGACUGACAAUGUCAACACCAUGGCUGAGAACUUGACGGCGCAGGUACGUGAUAUCGCCAACGUCAGUAAAGCCGUCGCUCGCGGCGACCUGUCCAAGAAGAUUUCUGUCGAGGUCAAAGGAGAGAUGAUGGACCUGAAGCACACUAUCAACAUCAUGGUUGACCAGCUCCAGGAGUUCGCCACCGAGGUCACACGUGUCAGUUUGGAAGUCGGAACUGAGGGUAAACUUGGUGGUCAAGCAGUCGUCAAGGAUGUCAGUGGUACUUGGAAGGAGCUUACAGAUAAUGUGAACACCAUGGCAUCCAAUCUUACAACCCAAGUACGAUCCAUUGCCGAGGUUACUACUGCUGUUGCUUGUGGAGAUUUGAGCAAGACUAUUGAAGUAGAAGCACAAGGCGAGAUCUCUGAGCUAAAGCUGACGGUCAAUUCGAUGGUGGAACAGCUGAGGACAUUCGCAGCCGAGGUUACUCGAGUGGCCCGUGAGGUCGGAACCGAAGGAAAGCUAGGUGGACAGGCUCAGGUGAAGGACGUUGGUGGUACGUGGAAGGAGCUGACGGAGAACGUCAACACCAUGGCGGCCAACUUGACCACUCAAGUGCGUGACAUUGCCGAUGUCAGCAAAGCUGUUGCCAGGGGUGAUUUGACCAAGAAGAUCACUGUCAACGUCAAAGGAGAAAUCCUGGACCUCAAGAACACUAUUAACUCAAUGGUGGAUCAACUGUCGAUGUUCGCCAAUGAGGUGACGCGUGUCGCGCGCGAGGUCGGCACUGAGGGUAAGCUAGGAGUACAAGCCCAAGUGCAGGAUGUCCGGGGAACAUGGAAGGAAAUCACGUCCAAUGUCAACACCAUGGCCAGUAACUUGACGGCCCAGGUGCGCGCCUUCGCCUCCAUUUCGACUGCUGCCACAGACGGAGAUUUUACUCAGUUUAUCACUGUCGAGGCCAAUGGAGAGAUGGACUCGCUCAAGACUAAGAUUAACCAGAUGGUGUAUAAUCUCCGCGAAAGUAUCCAAAAGAACACUGCCGCGCGUGAGGCAGCCGAGCUUGCAAAUCGAUCUAAAUCCGAGUUCUUGGCCAACAUGUCUCAUGAGAUCAGAACUCCUAUGAACGGUAUCAUCGGAAUGACCAGUUUGACAUUGGAAACAGAGCUCACCCGACAGCAGCGCGAGAACCUGGUGAUUGUCAGCCAUCUGGCCCACUCUCUGCUCACUAUCAUUGAUGAUAUCCUUGAUAUCUCCAAGAUCGAGGCUGGUAAAAUGACGAUUGAGCAAGCACCCUUCUCUCUUCGUACUCAAGCAUUCGGGGUCCUGAAGACACUCGCUGUCAAGGCCCAUCAGAAGAAACUGGACCUCAUCUACAAUGUCCACAAUGACUUCCCAGACCAGCUUAUCGGUGAUCCCUUGCGAUUGCGUCAAGUCAUUACAAACCUGAUCGGAAACGCCAUCAAGUUCACGACAGAGGGCAGUGUUGUCCUGGACUGUGUUUGCAAGAACAAGACGGACGUUGGCGUGGAGCUCCAAUUCUGCGUUUCGGACACGGGUAUCGGAAUCCAAAGCGACAAGAUCGAGGUUGUCUUUGACACGUUCUGUCAGGCCGACGGCUCUACGACGCGCAAAUACGGAGGCACAGGUCUUGGUCUUUCCAUCUCGAAGCGUCUGGUCGCACUGAUGGGAGGAGAUCUCUGGGUCAACAGUACGUUCGGAAAGGGGUCCCAGUUCUUCUUUACCGUGCGAUUCAACACGGGCACUAUGUCAGUCGAUCAGAUCAAUCUCAAGACGAAACCAUAUGUCGGACGACAUAUCCUCUACAUGGGUACGAUGCGCGACGAAGCCAUAUCCAAUUCUGUUAUGAAGACAUUGGAGGAGCUCAAGUUCAAGGCGACGCAUGUGACAUCUCUCGAGCAGGCGGCGUCCUUGGUUCCGAUGUCAAGUCCAAACUCUGCGGCGGAGAAGUCGAUUUUUGAUGUUGUGAUUGUCGACAAUGUCAAGGAUAUCCGCAAGAUCAAGGAGAUCGGGAUGCUAAGGUUCCUGCCGAUUGUGCUCCUUUCCAUGACUACUCCAUACAUCAGUAUGAAGGUCUGCCAGGAUUUGGGUAUUGCCAGCUAUUUCAACCCUCCCGUACAGCUGACCGAUCUGAUGAAUGCACUCUUGCCUGCCUUUGAGUCAGCUUCGGCCCUACCCUCGGAUGCAGAACAUGCGAUCCCAUUGCAUAUUCUGUUGGCUGAAGACAACGUCGUGAAUCAGAAGCUGGCGGUCCGUAUCCUGGAGAAGUUUGGUCAUAAGGUGACGAUUGUCGCGAACGGCAAGACAGCGGUUGAGUUCUUUAGCAGUAUGCACUUUGACCUGAUUCUCAUGGACGUGCAGAUGCCCAUCAUGGGUGGAUUCGAGGCAACACAAGAGAUCCGCAAGCUGGAGAUGCUGAGGGGUGGCCAUGACCAUCUGCCUAUCAUUGCAUUGACGGCCCACGCCAUGAUUGGCGACCGCGAGAAAUGUCUUGCUGCUGGGAUGGAUGAAUAUAUCACAAAGCCGCUGCGUGUCAACGAGCUGAUUGCAACGAUCAACAAGUUCCCGCCAAAGAACUGCCCAGACCUGGUGCAGAAUGAUGCCUACUACGACUACACCCAUCUGCGCGCGAACUACAGCCCUGUGCAAGAUGAGAAGAACAAAUUCAAUUUCAACUCCUCCUCAUCUUAG